UGGUCUGUGUUUGUUGGAGCAACACAUCUAUCUGUGUUCAGCCAUUUGCAGAAAAAAGUGAGGCACUCUCCUUCUCUCUACAGGACAACAUUCUUGGGAAAGUGGGCUGGAGCCGCUAGUCGCGAGGGGGCUGCUGUUCAAGAAGGCACACAUGACAAUCAGUUGGAUGUUUCUUCUUUCUUCCUCCAGUGCAACAGGAUGUGUGACCCAGAGGGACCCAGCGGGGACCCAGGAAGUGCUAGCUGAUGUAGACAAGGUGUUGGGCUGCCUCUGCUGUCUUUGAGACUUAAAUCAUGAAGACAAGGAUCAUGGGAAAGCUCUAAGCACCGAGGAGGACCACACAAAACAAACUGGAGCGGCUGACCACUUCCUCGCUGGAUGUCUGAGUGACUCUGACACACAGUCAACUCAGCACUGGGUCUGUGUCACGCCAUGUCCAUUUUCCUCACCUUCGGUGGAUUAUCUUAAUGAACACACACUCGCGUAACACUGGUCACCAUGACUACGGCAACGUGGUAUCAUCGUGACAUCAGCCGAGUGCAUGCGGAGGACUUGUUGGCACGGGCGGGCAGGGAUGGCAGCUACCUAGUAAGAGACAGUGAGUCUGUGCCAGGAGCCUACGCCUUGUGCCUGCUGUUCCAACGUCAUGUGCACACCUAUCGUAUUCUCCCUGACGCAGACGGCCUCCUGGCGGUGCAGACAACACAGGGGGUGCAGGUAAACUGUUUUCGUACACUGGAGGACCUGGUGUUGGGGUACCAGCAUCCCCAUAAGGGCCUGGUCACUCCUCUACUCUACCCAGUGACGCGAGACACAGACACUGGGGAUGAGAGCUCAGAUGACGAGAAGCUGCCUCCAGCUCUAGCCUCAGUCAAUACAGCGUCUACCACAGGGCCACCAGCCACACCAGCACCCCAUGCUCACUUCCUGAAUAAGUUGCAGGAACUAAACACAUCCAGUAUGGCAAGUGAGGUGAUUGGUCUGCUCAGUGGGUACUUAUUUAGCGAGCUGCCCCUUGAUAUUGAGAGUGUGCAUAAAGGGGCGACAAGUCUACGACACCUUCAACGCACUCUGGGCACUGCCUGCCAAGGGCUCAACAGUGAGAUUGAUCUGACUCUAUCAAGCCUGGAGACUCUGGCCAAAGUGUUUGACCAUCCCAGCGGCCCUUUGACAUGCUCCAAGGCACAGGGUCCAGAUGCAGAGCUAGAUGGCCUGUUGUGUAAGAUUUCAGCGUUGGUCAGCCUCCUUUCCUCGCUGGAGAAAAGGGUAUUAAAAGCACUACAGGAUGCGGUGACCAAUCAUAAUCUAGCAGUGCAUUCUGCCACACCCACUCCUGAACCAACACCUGUCAUCGUGACUUCAGUGAAGAACCAUACAAGACCAUUGCCUGUCCAUUCAUUUCAGGUGAAAAUGGUGCGCUACGGCAGACAGACUGUCUCUGUGGAUGUGGACACAGGAGUGCUGCUCUUUGACAGGAAGGCUGGUUCAUUUGGCAUUGAGAAAGUCUCACAUGACCGAAUCCUGCAGCUGGUCAAGAUCCAGAGCAGUCCGGCCAAGGUGUACAUGGUGGUUGACAAUCAUCACAACACACCAUGGGAGCUGAUGUUUGAGAGCGCAAGGAAGCGUGAGGCCUUCUGCCAGCUCCUGCAGCUGAUGAAAACCAGACACUCCCAGCACAGUGAACCUGACGUGGUCUCUGUUUUUGUUGGCACCUGGAAUAUGGGUGGUUCCCCUCCUCCUCGCAGCCUACAGUCAUGGGUGACCUGCUGUGGUUUGGGACACACCCCAGAUGAGUCCAUCGCCUUGCUCCCUCAUGACAUCUACGCACUAGGGACUCAAGAAAACCCUCAGGGGGAGAGAGAGUGGACUGAACAUAUCAAGGCAACCCUUCGCAGCUACACUCACAUUGACUACAAACAAGUGGCAGUGCAAUCCCUCUGGAAUAUGAGGCUUGCAGUGUUUGUGAAGCCGGAGCACGAGAGCCGCAUCAGCCAUGUGAGCACAGCCAAUGUGAAGACUGGUCUGGGGAAUACACUGGGAAACAAGGGAGCUGUUGGGGUCUCCUUCCUCUUCAACGGGACGUCUUUUGGGUUUGUGAACUGCCACCUGACCUCUGGAAGUGAGAAAGUCCUUAGGAGGAACCAAAACUUCAUAGACAUCCUCAGGCUGCUUUCUCUGGGUGACAAGCAGCUCAGUGCCUUUGACAUCAGCCUGCGCUUCAACCAUCUCUUCUGGUGUGGAGACCUCAAUUACAGACUGGACUUGGAUGUACAGGACAUUCUGAAACACGUGUCCAAGAGAGAGUUUGAGGAGCUCAUGUGUGCUGAUCAGCUGACCCGAGAGAGACACAAGAGAAAAGCCUUUCUCAAUUUCAAGGAGGAGAAGAUUACAUUUCCACCCACCUAUCGGUAUGAGCGAGGCUCUAGAGACUGCUACCUAUGGCAGAAGUACAAGACUUCAGGGGUGCGAGUCAAUGUUCCAUCAUGGUGUGACAGGAUUCUGUGGAAGUCCUAUCCAGAGACACAUAUCAUCUGCACCUCGUAUGGUUGCACAGAUGAUAUCUUCACAAGUGACCACUCACCUGUGUUUGCCACAUACCAAGUAGGGGUGACAUCACAGUUCAUCUCCAAAACAGACCUAAAUCCGAGCAUGGAGAGGGCCUGGAUUGAGCUUGAAGGCAUUGAGGCCAUUGUGAAAACAGCCAGCAAAGCCAAGUUCUUCAUUGAGUUCCAUUCAUGUUGCCUAGAAGACACACAACGCUCAAGUGAAAAUGACUCACAGAGCUGUGAUGUGCCAGGGUUUCUCAAACUUGGCUGGUCCUCCAAACAACUGCCAAAGCUUCUUCCAGUUGGGUCCAACAUGGAGUAUCUUCAAGAUCAGCACCUGCUGUUGUCUGUCAAGUCAUGUGACGGGUUUGAGUCAUACGGUGAAUGCUGUGUGGCUCUGCACUCACUUACCGGUACAUUGGAGCAGUUUGAGACAUUUCUGAGUCACCGAGGUGAAGAGAUGGGCUCUAUAAGGGGUCGAGUCCGGGUCCACGUGCCCACAGAAAGGCGAGGAACACGAGAGAAGAUAUACGAGUGGUUCUGUUUUGAGAAGGACGACAAAGGUCAUGGGAGGGGACACAUGUCGCCUGGAUCUACACGUAACCCAAUAAAUAGGUCCUUAGCAGCUCCUCCCAAACUAACCCCCAGCAGCUACACCAAUCCUGCCUACUUCAUCUUUGAAGGUGUAUCAGUGCCACGCAGGGUGGAGGAGCCCCCAACCCAGCGAAAAGACCCUCAGGUGAUCUGGUCUGGAAAUGAGGCCUUGCAGCUCCCGAAACUUGCAGGAGGGCAUGGCUUUGACAGGAAGUCCUCUCGCAGGUCAGACUUUACAGAGAUUGAGAUUCCAGCCAUCCUGCCACCCUACACACCAACCAGUGACCAUCAUCCACCACAAACCAACUCCUCCUAUCAACUUUUCCCAACCAAAAACCCUACCCCCAUACCUCCAACACCAAGUAACACCACUGCACAAUACCAUGAACAAGUUUUACAACCCAGAGCAAAAUGCAUGGGUAAAAAGAUUGCUCAGGACUCUGUAUUGCCAAUGAAGAACCUGAGGAACAUGUAUAUGAACCACUCAGCUAUCAUUAGGGAGAAAACCAGAAGAGAUCAAACUCAGCUGCAUCCAGAGAGGACCAGUCCUAUCAGGGCCCCAAAGACCCCAUCUCUUUUCCCCUAUUCCUCUUCCCGUCUACCGCACUGUCAGGCAUCAGCUCCCUGGAUGGUGGAGCCGCAGCACCCUGGACCAUCAGGGGACAACUCCCUUACUGCCUUACAAAUUGCCAAGUCCCUCAGUGAUAUGGACUUUUUUCCCACUGACCACAGAAGCCCAUCCAUACCCAAUCACAGAUUAAACCAAAGAAAUGGUCCUACCAUGCCAGAUGAGAGGGGCUUCAGCUGGGAAAAUGAGGUGUCUGUCCUGCAAGGUGCACCAGAGACAGUGCGGGAGCUUCUCAGUACUCUGGGUCUGCAGAAAUACACUCUGGGACUCCACCUCAAUGGCUGGGAUGAUCUGGAUUAUUUCAGUGGCAUCACAGAGGAGGAUUUAUGUGCUGCAGGAGUGUCUAACCCUUCACACAGGCGCAGGAUCCUCGAGAACCUGCCCAGGAUCUGGAACUGACUGUCAGCGAUACGAUGCAUGGACAGUCCGAAGCCUCACAGUCUGCGUCAACCCUUUCACUGAGGAUCGUCAGAACUGCUUGAACUGAAAAGAGCAGAGAUUGAAUGGAUAUCAAUGACAGCCAUUAGCUGGACUAUGCCACAGCCCUGCCACCUUUUCAUUUACUCGAUCAAUACUGUAACAAAGGUUUGUCUGUGUCAACAAGGCUUAGGGAACAUAACCCAGGAAACAGUCAUUGCACAGCCUUCUAUUCACCCAUUCAUCUUGAUAGAUAAUGACAGAGUGUGAUGAUGAGUGUGAGGUAUGAAUGGAAAGAAUGGUUCAGGAUGUGUAUCUCCAAUUACUGUCACCUACUCUGCCAUAAAUAUUGAUUAUGGUCUCAAGGUCACAUAGAUGUUGCUGUAAAUUAUUUUUUAAAUACCUAUAAAAAGAUACAGUCCUUAA